AUGUCGCGGUCCAAUAUUUCGGUCUUUCAGCGGGGAGGCAACUAUUUGCACCGUCGAUUGACGAAGCUCUACUCCGAUACCAAGCAAUCCUACGAGACUGCUUCUGUGGCUUCCAAAACCACUGCUGACGAGGAUCCUGUUCUCAAAGCCCUGCACCGUGAAUUUCGCAUUCAAAAGGACCGUCUUCUGGCAUGGGGACUUCAGUGGAGCGAUUCCAAUGCAGCUCCUUCUCCGGAUGUCGAGAUCGACCAGAAACUGGACCAGGCAGGGCUGGGUCAUGUAGUUGCGUUAGUCAUGUCCGACAUUCAGAAGCUCCUGAUCGAGUCGGAAAAGAUGCAGAAUCCUCAAACGAGCUUCCAGGAGAAGAUGCCUGGUGGGCAGCUGGACUCUAAAGCCUUGCCUGGAAGCAAUGAACUGACAACGACGGAUAAUAUUGCAAAAUCACAAUCCCUAUUGUCCCAGCUCAUCACUUGUAUCGACUCUUUGUACAAGCUAUCAGAGUCCCGACGGACCUUGAGUGGUGGCUCGAACAUCGAAAAGGGUUCCAAAGAAUCGUUAACAAAAGAUCACCCAUCCCCGACAAGUCCUUCUGGCUCGCCAGUACAAGAUCAGUGCGGUGCCUUAAGGGCUGCUGGUCUUACGUGCCAGACGGAACAGUCCAUCCGGCAAGACAAGCUAUUUAUUGAUCCAUCUUACAUUACGCGCGUUUUCGAUGUGACAGUGGUGUCUUUGAAGCCGCCUCCUUAUGAGGAGGUAAUGCCCCUGGAGAAGACAAGGGUGCCUGGGAAGUUGCUGGUCCCCAGGCUAACGGUCGAACAGCGCUCAGCUUUUGGGCUUGAAGAUAAUUCUCAAAAAGCAGUUAUCGUUGAAUACGUUCCUACAAUGCGUCAUGAAGGUAGCGCUCUCGACGACCAGUAUUGUUCCGCGCUGCGAUAUGCCCGACAGAUAUCUGAGAGUCAAUUUUCGGUACAAGUCUCUCAUACCGGGAAUCUCCGUCUGCUGGGAUAUACCAUUGACAUCAGAAAUACACGACAUGGUUUUGUUUAUCAAAUGCCCACCAGAGAAGCUUCUAGCGACCAGCAAAGCAGAGUACCCGUCAUUAGCAAUCUGCGUGCCAUCAUUCCUUCAAAGCGUGAUGACACGGACCAGCCAUCACCACAUCUCGAAGACCGUUUUCGAUUAGCAUUCAACAUCUUGCUCAGUAUGCUGCAUUCUUCAGUGCUAGGUCUUCGCCACGAAUGUCUCAAUAGCGCCAACAUUGUUAUCCUGCUAGAUCACCACAUCGAACAAGAUAAUUCUGGAAGAUCAGGGAUAUCCUCCUUUGACAUCAGGCGCCCCUAUUUACUGCAGUCGCCUCCAUCAGAUCACAUGCCAAAGCAGGCCGAUGGGCUAUCCUCCGGUAUAUAUCGCCAUGCGCACGACAAUGAUGUCAAUGGACUUGAACGAUCAUGGGCGUUCGAUAUUUACAGCUUUGGUCUGAUUCUUCUGGAAAUUGGACUCUGGACCCCUGUCAGCCGGUUAUGGAAGUCUAAGUAUAACAAGUUCACCUUCGCGUCUAGAAUUAAGAACAUAUACGUCCCAAAACUAACCUCGAGGUGUGGGACCGCCUAUAUGAAAGUAGUGCAGACCUGCAUCAAUGCUCCGGAUCUUUUCGAAGCUAGGUCGGGCAGCACGGGAACUGUGGAGACAGCACAGUUUUGGUGCUCCUAUAUGAUACAGAUUGGUCGCAACUUAUCUCGCUGCUGCGCAAUCGAUGUAGAUGGUCCGCCGUGCGAGCCUGACCUAGCAUAUUUCGAACAUUUGAAUGAUAAGCAACCUUCGUUAGAAUUCCCCCGAACUUUGGAGCGAAAGGGCUCGACCUUCAAACCAACCCGUCAUGUAACGCAAUUUGAAGCUGCGACGGAUGCAACACUUCAGAUCGAGAAGCGCCCAGAGCCCCAGGCUCAGUCAGCUGUCCAGCACACAAUUCUGAAGAAAUGGAAUAACGUUGAUAUACCGCAAGAUUGUCUUGACCAGUGGAACACUUAUCUAAUGCCGAGAAUCAGUAAGCUACUGCAGAAAGCUCUGAGCUCCUCUCAUGAAUCUUGCAGCGCUUCUCUUAUGAUGGUUGGCAAGACACCUGAAACUGCCAAGACGACAAUCUGUAUCCAAUGCAUGAGCGUGGAGAAGGUUCGAGAAUGUCUGAAAAGAAACUUCAGAUGCAAAAAAGGCUGGGGUCUUGUCGUCUUGAAAGGGGAUGUUAGGCGGUCUGGAAAACCUCGGAGGAAGGGGAAGUGUCAUGACAGUGCUCGCAGUAGGUUGCAGCCACCUCAACCAGAAAAAUCUGCAUAUCAAGCGAAGCCUCAAUUUGGGGCUUCUAUAGGUGCUUUUCGAAACAACGAGCACCUGCCUCCAGUGUCUUUUGGAGGUGCAAUCCUGGUUGAUGGGAAGCCCUACGGCAUGACCGUUCAUCAUAUGCUCGAUGCUCCCAGCGACGAUGAGGAGGAGAUGCCCACAGACGGCGAAGACGGUGUGCAAAGAAGUUCAGCCAAAAGUUCAGAUGCCUGGCUUUCAGACAUGAGUGCAAACCAGUCCCGUGAGCAUUUUCGACAAGAGCUUCUAGAAGGUUCGGAUAUCUUGGAGAUAUCCGACGACGAAAGUGAAUGCAGCACAAUCCGACCUGAUUACAUCAACCUUGAGACGGGAAAUGGUGGAUUCUGGUUUGCUGAUGAUGGCGACGAGACGCCUGGUUUGGAGGAUGAUUUCGAAUCAGACUCGGACGAGGAAGACAGCUCAGACAUCGGUGACGAUGACGAUGAUGACGAUAGAGCAUCAGUGGGAGAUACCCUCGGCAUCGACCCUGCAGACGAUGAAGAAGUCUAUGUCACUCAGCCUGCCAUCGACGAUGUGGAUGACGACUUCUUUCCCUGCAUAGAAGAUCGCGAUGAGGACCAUCUAGCAAGUCACUCCCUCGGCUAUGUUCAUGCAUCAUCAGGUAUUCGAAGAGUCGUUACAGGCAAUCUCAAGCACGAAAUAGAUUGGGCAUUAAUCAAGAUCCGUGACGAAAGACUGGCCGUUGGCAAUACCAUCCAUCAACACAUCACAAAAUCCAAAAAGUACCGAAAAACCAAGGGGAAACCAAGUGCAGCACCUUCAUCCACCCUAAAUCCCUCAGUCACACAACUCACUACCAUCGCUCCGUCUUCUACUCUCGCGCGCCUUCCUGUGCAAUGUCAUGGACGGACUUCUGGCCUCCAAUCAGGCCGUAUCUCCGCAGCGCUAGCCCUUGUCAAGCUUCACGGCCGCACUUCCUUCUCUAGCAGCUGGGUCGUUGAGGGCGGUGCCUUUGGCGUGCCGGGGGAUAGUGGUGCAUGGAUCUACGAUCCUCAGACAGGGCGACUUUGUGGACAUGUUCUGGCAUGGGGUAGGCAGAGCAAGACGGCUUACAUGGCGCCUAUGGAUCUGCUUUUCGAGGAUAUCAGGAAGCGAUUAGCGGCAGAUAGGGUGGAAUUGCCUGGCAGCGGAGGGCUGGGGUGUGCUGCAUCGAGACAGCUGGAGAAAUCUCAAGUCGAUCUUUUGCAGGAUCAAAAACAGCGUCUUGGGAUUCCGGCAUCGGCCGGGAUGAUGGAUGAGGAUGUGGAAAUGAAGCUGGACGAUGACACCCCUGGACCUGCUGCGAAGCCACUUGAGCUCGCGAUGGGAGACCUACAGAUUGGUGGAAAGGUUUCGGCUCAAUUGAACAACAAUUCUAUUGCACUGAGCACGAAGACUAAGGAUAUUCCCAACUCUUUGACCUGUCAGGUUCAAGGACGACAACAAGGUCUUCAAAAAGUGAUGGGUGAUAGGGUCUUGGGCAGUCGAGUCGCGUAA